AUGAACACAACUCCUGUUAAUCAUAAUCGAUAUCGAACAUUAAAUUUCAAUCAUGAAUGUAUUGUAUGUGGUUCAAAGGCAGUCGGCAUAAAUUUCGGCGUGUCAUCAUGUGCUCCAUGUAAAGCAUUUUUCCGUCGUAAUGCUCGACGAAAAGAUGUUCUCACGUUACCCUGUCAUCAUUCUGAUAUAAAUCCAUUCGAUGAAAAUAAUACUGAUAGUAACGAUAUGGCAAUGCGUUAUUUACAAAUUCGUCGAUGUUCAUCGUGUCGUUUACGUCGUUGUUUUGAAGUAGGCAUGAAAGAAGAGCUGAUUCGAACAGAUGAAGAAAAUCAACGGCAUAGAGAACUUGUUGAUAAUAAUCGAAAACGACGAGAAACAUUACAAAAACAAGAACUAGAACGAGAAAACCAAUUAUCAUUAACUAAGUUAGCACCGCUUAAAUCAAAUUCUAAAGAUCGAACAGUAAUUCAAGAGGAAUUUACAAAAUGGAUUUGCUCAUCAAUUCGUCCCUUUAACCUUGUUUCAGAUCCUGGUUUGAAAACAAUGUUACAAACAAUUAUUGAUAUUUGUAAAAAAUAUCAAGGAUCAAUUAAUAUUGAUGAUAUUCUUGCCACACCCACUACAAUUUCAAAUAAUGUUAAAAAAUUAGCUGAAUACUACAGGUCUUUAUUACGAUCCAUAUUAAUCGAACAAGCUGAAUCUGGUACAUUAGAUGUUUGUCCUAACCUUUGGACUGAUAAUCACAAGAAAAUAAAAUAUCUAGGUGUAACAGUUUAUUUCGUAACUAAUGGAUAUGAAUUAUUUACAUUUGAUUUAUGUUGCACCAGAUUUAAUGAAAUUGGCAAAGCAGGUGAGUCUGCUUUAAAAGCUAUACGUGAACAAUUAAAUUUAUUUGGUUUAUUAUCGUAUAUGGAUAACAAUAAGAUAACAUUCACAAGUGAUCGAGGUGCAAAUAUACUAAAAGCAUUGAAAGAUGAUACUAUAGCACCGUCACCAUCCAAACAUGGUGAAGCUAAUACAGCAUUAUCAGAUUUACCACCAAAGCCAAAAGAAGUUUUGAAGACAAUCGCAACAAGUAAAAAACUUGUAAAAUAUGUGAAGUUGGCUGGAUUAAACAAAAACAUUGAAGAACGUGGUGGUGUAGCAUUAAAACAAAAAUGUGUUGUCCGAUGGCUUUCUAUGUCAAACAUGCUAGAAUCAGUCGACGCUUCCAUUGAACAUAUAAGAUUUAUAUUAUUAUCAAAGUCAUCGAAGAGUCAAUGUUAUUUCAAAUUGAAUAAUAUCAAUAUUGAUGCAUUAAAAGAUUUAAUUGGUCUAUUAAGCAAAUUAAAAAAUGUGUCUUCGCUAGUACAAACUGGUACUCGACCAUCGCUACACAUGGCUUAUAUUUGUAUCAAUAAACUAGAACGUCAUUUAAGUGGUAUUAAUGUUAAUGCAGAUGGUAUUGAUUUUUUUCGAAAACGUCUGAUUCAAUUGUUAAAAUGUAUGUUCACGUUCGAUGAUAAACAUCUUGCAGCUGCUAUACUUCAUCCGCUUUAUCGGAAGCUAACAUUUGCUACAACAUACUUUAAAAGUAUUGCUCAUUUCUAUAUUCGUGAACAAUUAAAUGAUAUUCUCGGUUUAAGUGAACAAGAUCAAUUCGCCGAUCCUGAUGAUAACAGCGAUCCUGAUGAUAUUGGCCCAAUAGCAAUGAUAACAUUUAAAAAUGAUGAACUUGAAAGGUAUUUACGAAUGAAUAUUGAAGAUAUUUACAAGCAAUCAAAUCCUUUAAAAUUCUAG